AGGACGCAGAUGCACACACACAGCAAUCUUCGUAGAAGAGGCAUUGAAUGGGAGCAGUAUUUGGAAGGCAUGCUGUUCCUUGUAGUGCCAAUGGGAGAUCCUGGGGGUGGCUCCUGGGUUCUCUUUUGUUACAGAUCGCACAUUCGGGGUGCCAUGAAGUUCCAGCUAUUAGUGUGUACGGGGAUCGUCCUCGUCGCUCUUGUCCCCUGUCAGGAGUGCAGAGCUUUCAGCAAACCCUCAGCCUCCGUUGCCGGGGCUCCACCGCCUGUCCUGCCCGAGUACCAGCCCUUCGUGCUCCGUAUGGGAGAAGAGUACUUCUUACGCCUAGGGAACCUCCACAAAUACUCCCCAAGCUCUUUUGGUGCCAGCCGCCUCACCGACGCCCCCUCCAGUAACUUUGUGAGGGCUCUCCAGCAGCAAUUGCAGUCUCAGCAGUGGGGCAGCCAGCAGGGGCUCAGAGCUGGGGUCCUGGAUGGGGCAGAUGCCCCAUACGCAGCUGAGGAAGAGCCCACGGAAAGGGGGAAACGUGCAGAGGAGCCUCCGAUUUCCCUGGAUCUCACUUUUCACCUGCUCCGGGAAGUCUUGGAAAUGGCCAGAGCCGAGCAGAUAGCCCAGCAAGCCCACAGCAACAGGAAACUGAUGGACAUCAUUGGGAAAUAACCCAUUAUCAUCUGCCAGAGUUUCCUGCAUCUAGCACAAACUAUAAAGUAUGAUGUGCCAUUGUACUGCCCUGAUAUCAUUUGUUUAUUUUUCUAUAGCUUCAGACAUAGAGGAGGUACUCCGUAACCCCAGGGGUGCCUGUGGGGCCGGCAACACAAAGCAAUGCUCUGCUGCUGGUCCCCAGGUGAGUGCUGGGGGGUGAAAGCCUAUACAGUAUGUUUAUCAGCAUGUACCGGGUGUAUUUGCAACAGAUGUAAUUUGUAACUUAUUUUUAUUUUAAACCUUUGGGAGGGGUUACUUUUGUAAUAUAUAAAUAUCCUUGGGGGAUACCAUCAGUUUGGGAUUGGGCUUGGAAGUCUGAACAAACUAGGUACAAAUACAUUUACUGAACCUUAUAUGAGUAUUCCACUGGGAAGUAAAAAACAAAAAUUCAAAUAACAAACCGCUGUAAUUUAUUUUGCAUCAAAAGUUUAUUGUAUACAUUUCCAUAAUAAAAAAACAUCUUUUCAGAGCUCGCACAA